AGUAUUACACAGGCGCCUAAAUACUGUCCAACGUUACUUAAUGUAGAUGUAAAGUUAGUUUUCUGUACAUUUUAAGUAUGGAGGCCGAUCAAUAUAAUGGGAAGACUGUACUUGUUAUUAACCAUACACACAUGGUUAGCUGUUUCGCCGGAGAUGAAUUAAACUUGGAUGCCGGAGUUAAAUUUGUAAACACAAAAGUGAUAUUUCAGAAGUCAAUUUGGAGCAACCUUGUUGAAGCCGUUAUACAGUACUGUCGUGUUGUAUUUGAUAUAUUUUCUACCGAAAAACCUAUAUCUAUAGUAACCUUUGAUGAUGAGGAAAAGAUUCACUCCAUAUGGCUAAAUGAGGAUCAAAAUUUGGAUACAAUAUGGAACAUAUUUUCUCAGGAAGGUCCACCGAAGAUCUCUUCACUCAAUUUUCUUGAACGUGGUUUACUUCCAGGUUUAUCUUCAGCCUCUCAUCUCUUACAAAUGCUAACGCCACGUCAGAAGGAAAUUAAUUCUGGCGAGAACAAAGGCAGAGUAGUUGUCUUAAGCAUGUCUAUGGGUAAUAAAGUUUUGUCUUGGAUUCCGGAUAUUUUAUCGUCUUUAGAGAAGCCUAUCGACACACCCGAUCAUAUGGAUGUUACUUCAAGUGAAUGGGUUUUUGUUGACCUGUUUCCAGCUUCUGAAUUUUCAGCAGAUCUAAAUGGACUAUACCCUGAGCAAUUAGAGCUACCUAAUAAUAUAGGUCCGAAUGCCCGACAUCGUUUUUUCUAUCAUAAACUUCUAGCUACCAGCCAUGAGUUGUAUCAGGGUUUAAUGCGUCUUGCAGAAUGUCAUUACAAUCUUUCAAGUACACUUGUUCAAGAUAUUCCCAUGAAGGAGGAAGCUAAUGUUAAUUCUGGUAGUUCAAUGUAUGGCGUCGAAAUUCUGCAUCGAGCUGAGGUACACGACAUGUUAAAACGUCGGGGUAUUUACGAGAAAUUAUUAGUACGUACAGAUAGUGAAAACAAUAAGUCCAUAUCACGACCACACUCUGGAUUUUCGAAAACUUUGGGCAUAAAAUGGGUUACGCCGAAGACCUCGGAUACUAAUUUUCUGCGCUUUGCUGUCGCAACAUACAGAGUAACUUUAGCAGAUGUUUGCCAUAGAGCAUCUACUUGCUUAGCUCAAUUUGUUUUAGGAGGUCGGUCUGUUGCGUUGGCUCAUCGUCUACAGUCUUCAUUCCCAGCGUUACCUAAUGAUUCUAACUUAUUAACAUCUUGUUCAACGGAUGAAGCUCUUCUACUCACUUGUCAUGGAUCCGUAAUGUAUAUACAUGUUUUAGGAACAAUUUUCCCAAUGACUCAUCCCCAGAAUAUUCCUUUAACUUCUAAUCCUAAUUUGACCCCGGGAGAUUAUCGUAUACAAGCCUUCAUUGAUCAAAUCUUACGCCCUUCUCGUCUGGCUCCGGCAUCAGCUAGAUUAAAUUAUUCAGUGUUUCCCAAAGAACGAGCCCAACAACAUAUUGAACGUCAAACACGGUAUUGGCCACUUAUGGAAUCUCAAACAUUACUGGACAAAACUAAGCUAGCUGCUCCAAUAUUUGAAAAUUUACCAAAAGAAUACCUUGAACCUAGUGAAAUAUCUGCCUGUGAAGAAUCUAUAGUGAAUGUUGUAAACUCUAUUAAACAGUACGUUUGCCUGUCCGAUUCUAGAAAGAACUCUUCUAAAAGAGGAUCAUCAUCUGGAACUUUGCCUGUUGCACCUGUACUUCAAGCAGAAGCAAUUGUAAUGGCAACUGAAUUCGAUUAUAUUCUUUCCUUAUAUAGUGAUAUAUCAACUGAACAUGAACAAAUUCGAAAUUAUUGGAUACGAACUAUAAGUUCAUCAAAAACGAAUGACACAUUAAAUGGACUAAAUCGUUUGUCAAGUGAAAAUGACUUUAAUUCAUUAAAUCUUACAGAAAUGAUUCGUCUAGCUAAAACAAUAGCAUAUGAUCAAACGAAUAUUGUUAAUUCUACCAUUCCUUUAGCACUUAUAAAAAUUAUGAAAAGUUUAACAGUUCUAUGUGAACGUCUCCAUAGGCAUACAGAUUCUCAUGAUUCCAAAUGUAUCACUACGCAAAUAAAUCAAAAAUCUGCAUGUAACCCGGUGCAAUCGCCCAAGAUGAUGGCAAUAGUUGAACCUGCUGAUCGAACAAAUUUCAUUGAUCGUUUAAAAUCUGCAAAACGUCGACGUGUACAAACGCAGAAAUUAGAUUUUGUUGGUGUACUUACUGCAGAUUCUAAAGGUUUAUGUCAAUUGUACAAAGGUUUAAAAGAUAAAGAAAAAUCUAAUGUUUAG